AUGGCCCGUCAAAGAUUGGAUCCAAAAAUUUUUAAAAAACUACCUGCUGAAAUACAGAAAGAUACUUCAUUAUUAAAAUAUUGGCAUUCUAGAUAUAGACUGUUUAAAAAAUAUGACCAAGGAAUCAAAUUAGACAGUGAAAGUUGGUAUUCAGCGACGCCAGAAGUAAUAAGUCGAAUGAUUGCUGAACGGUGUACUUGUGAUCUAAUAAUUGAUGGAUUUUGUGGUGCUGGAAGCAAUUCUAUUCAAUUUGCGCUAACUAGUAAAAAGGUUAUUGCAAUAGACAUUGAUCCAAUUAAAAUAGAACUUGCACGAAAUAACGCCAUGGUUUAUGGUGUAUCAGAUCGUAUAGAAUUUAUUAUUGGAGAUUACUAUGCUUUGAUUCCCACUUUAAAAGCGGACGUUGUGUUUUUAUCACCUCCGUGGGGUGGCCCUAAAUAUUCACAAAAAACAACUUUUGACAUUGAUGAUAUAAUGCCGAAUUAUGGAGGUGGUAAACGCCUAUAUGAAUUAACUCGUCAGAUUACUAAAAAUAUUGCAUUCUUUCUCCCAAAGAAUAUUGAACACAAGCAAUGUAUUUCUUUAGCUGGCCCAGGCAAUUYGGCUGAAAUAGAAAGUAAUUACUUGAAYAAUAGACUGAACUCAAAAACAUUGUAUUAUGGGGAUUUAAUUAAGACCAAUAAUUAGUAUUAUAGAUAA